GUCACAUUCAAGGUCACUCAAUCUCAUGCAGCUAAUAUUUUUUGUGUGAUGUUAAUUCACAGUUUGUUCAAAAGAGCUUCAAGCUUUUUCUACAUAUCUUCUCGGACUGUCCUUUCAAACUGCUCAAGGUCAUACGCCGCUAUAAUGACACAUCGCGAGUCGAUCCGUCCUGUUGUCACGUCAGAUCUUUAUUCUCAGGACUUUGAUUCUGUCGUACUUGUUGUUGAAGACGUAUCAGAUGCAUCUUCUUAUGUGCCUCUGUUCGAAACAUUACAGGAAGCAUCACAGGUGAAUAAGAAAUUCUCGUCAGAUGUCCAUACCUUGGCUUGUCGUUCUUUACCAUCUAAACGCUUGGUCGUUUCGUUUACUGGCCAUCUUGAUCGUGACAUUGAUGAUGCUCGUCGGAUAACUGAAGCAUCUACAAAAGGCAUAUCUCAAGCUAUUAAAAUCGGAUCCAAAAGACCGCUUCUUUUGUUGGGUCCAUUGAAGACAGCUAAAAAGUUGGGACAUCCUUGGCUUGAACCAUCCGUUUCAUGUUUGGCAUCCUUACUUGGCGCUCUCCAUGCUUUAUAUGUGCCUCUUGAAGUUCGUGAAUUCAGUCCUCGAGAAGGCUCUACAUUUACAAAACCUAUUCAAACACAAAAAGCUGAAGUCCUUGGUUGGUUUGCUGGGACACAUUAUGCAGUAGAUCAUGAGAAACUGACUGGAUUAGCUUGGUGUUUGGAAGAAGGUUUACGAGUGGCACGUGACAUUGGUGGAUCUGAUCCAGAACGAAUGAAUGCCAAGAAUGUAGUGACAUAUCUUCAAAAAGAAUUGACAGCACCUGUUCAAAUGACUGAUUGUCCGGUCGAUCAAUCGCUUUAUCCACUAGCAGCUAUAGUAGAUCGUGGAAAUAAUGAACGACAUCGUGGUCAUGUAGUACAUUUAGAAUACAAUGGAACGACAGGAUCAGACAUUGAUCCUCAACAAAUAGUGAAUUUAUUUUUAAUUGGUAAAGGUGUUACCUAUGAUACAGGUGGUUCCGAUCUGAAAGUUGGCGGUAUUAUGGCUACAAUGCAUCGAGAUAAAUGUGGUGCAGCUGCUGUAGCUGGAUUUUUCAAAGUUUUGAAUUUGUUGAAACCAAACAAUUUAAAGGUACAUGGUACUUUAGGUUUAAUUCGUAAUAGUAUUGGUGAAAAUGCUUAUGUUAGUGAUGAAAUAGUCACUUCACGUGCUGGUGUACGAGUUCGAGUGAAUAAUACUGACGCUGAAGGACGAAUGGUUAUGACUGAUUUAUUAUGUGAAGCUAAGGAAAAGGCAUUGGAAGCACCCAAUUCACGCUUAUUAACAAUUGCUACUUUAACUGGUCAUGUCGGAUUAUGCUAUGGACAAGGAUAUACGGGUAUUGUUUGUAAUGGUCCAGCUAAAGAACUUGGUGAAGAUUAUGAUUAUCAAUUUGCUGGCUCAUUAUUAGGUGAAAUGCAUGAAAUAUCAACACUUCGACGUGAAGAUUAUGAUGCACAUAAAACUGAUGAAGAAUAUGCAGAUUUAUUGAAUUCUGCUCGUCUGAUUUGUGGGAAACGUAGCCGAGGACAUCAAUCACCAGUUGCAUUUAUGAUUAUGGCAUCUGGUUUAGACUCGCAUUUGAAAAACACUGAGAAACCAUUGGCCUAUACACAUUUAGAUAUUGCUUCAAGUAAUGGACCAUGUCCAGGUAUACCAACUGGUACACCAAUUUUAACAUUAGCAUCACAUUAUAUUCUUCCAGCACAAAUGAAAUGGCCACAUAGAAAGUCAUGAAUGUACACUCUGAUUGUCAGUGGGGGUUUUUUCUUUAUGAUUACAUGUGGCUAUUUGAGUAAUGAAUGAUUUUCAUGAUAGUAGACAUUGGUUUUGUGUUCUUGUCACAUUGAAUUGAUUCACAACUGAUGUUAAAAUAAUGUGUACUUUAUUUAUAUUUUUUGACCUUUUUUUGUUUCUUUGAAAUUCAUGGUACUGUAGUAUCAUCAGGCGGUUGGUUAUCUUAGCAAAAACUUUGUCUUUUUAUUAAAUGAAUUCAAUGAAUUUUUUUCAGAAA